AUGACCGACCUCACCGUGCUCUACAUCCCCAACGCGCUGCCCGCGACACCGCCCACGCAAACCGGGCUGGGUCUCAGUCUUGCCUUUCCCCGCGCCCGUCGCACGCCCCCACGUCUGCCGUUCGCGUCUACCCCGAUGGUCACCCUCGAAAUGGUCGACCUGCCCACGCCCACCUCCGACCAACACGUCCUCUACCGCCAGCCCAUCUCCCCCGUCCGCACCCGCGACCACUCCCUCCUCUCGCCCCCUCCCAACUCGUUCACCUCCAGGCCGAGGCGACGUCCACAUCCUACCUCUGACCGUUCUGUGCCCCCGCGCCCUGCCUCGGCACCGCCCCUACCCCCGCCGCGCAGCGCGCCCUUGACCCCGAGUACGACCACCCGAUUCUCGUUCGACGCCAGCGGAGGCAUCGGUGUCUUUGAGCACCCUACCCCUCGCCGCAUUCCACCCUCGCCCUAUCGCGAGCGCGCUCCAUCAGAGCUUGUUCGUCCUGCCCCACCUCUUUGCCGUCCCAAAACCUUCUGGCGACACACCUCCCGCUCCGGCGUCACCGCAUCCGCCUACUCCCCCUCCUCCCACCUCGUCCGCCGCGCCACCUUCGUCGCAGCAGGCCGCGACCGCGACGUCGCUUCCGACAAGCCCCCCGCGACCGCAGACCUCUCCGCCCUCUGCCUCGCGGCCCGCAUCAGCGUCGUCCUCCUCCCGCCCCUCCCGCCCCUCGCCGCCUUCUCGUAG